CCUGCCCUCUGUCCUUCCCUAACUCCCAGACAGGAGUUUCUCCAUGCUCUAGUCUGCACAUUAGGAACAAGGGGUGAUCGAUUGAAGCUCUCCGACCUGUUGAGGGAUUGGGGGUUCUUGUAAGGCCCUCUAGGGCCUGGCUCUGACAAAGCAUCUGCAAUUAAUGAUGCUGCUUGAGCUCAGGAGACAGGAUUUAUGCAUCUAAUAAAGUCUAUAACUCCAGGCUUCAGGAUGGGGUGGGAGGCUGAGAGCAGGAAGUCCCAAGGGGGCCAUGGGAGGGGAUCCCAGGCGGCUCUUAAUGGAGCCAUGUAUUUCCAUUGCCUGUCUAGAUUCUCCCUCAGGCAGGGGGUGGGGGGAAAUUAGGGGGACAGCAGGUAUAAGAGGCUGGUGUGGCUGGAGGGAGGUGGGUGGCAGCAUGGAUUCCAGGCGGGUGGCUGUGCUGCUGCUGCUGCUAUUGCCAUUACUGGACUGGGGCCACACUGCAGGACCAGAAAGCCAGGACCAAGAAGCCCAGGGCUUCAUGGUGAGUAAAUGCCUUGUCCGUGCAUCACCAUUUUCCUGUACCUCAGUUGGGACUGGUGCUCUAGGGUUAGAUGCUCUGUUUCCUAAGGUCUCACUAGGUCUUACAUCUAAGGGGAAUGGCCCCUCCGCCCCUGAAGCCAGUCCUUUCUCCUGUGACUCAUUGUCCACCUUCCCUCACUGCCAACCUCUUGCCAUAGGAAGACAAUGGACCCCACCCACAGCAACAUGCCCAGACCUCUGCGUCCCUCUUACGCUCCCUGCUUCAAGCCAUGGAGAGAUCUGGCCGGAGUCCAGCCUUCCUGUUUCAGCCCCAAAGGUUUGGCAGAAAUGCCCAGGGGCCCUGGAGCAAUGAGAGGCUGAGUCCCCGGGCUGGAGAGUUCUGGAGCCUGGUUACCCCUCAGCGCUUUGGGAAGAAGUAACAGCAUCAUCCCUUGUUGUGUCUGCAUGCAAGGUCCAUACCCCACAGGACCAAGUGUCUCCCCCAAAUAAAAUGGUCUGGCUUCUG